AUGGAGCAAGGAAAGAAGGGAUGGUUUGAGAUUCUUAAGGUAAAUAAUCCCGUGAUUGUUAAGAAGGCUGAAAUUUUGCAUAAAGAAGUCAAAUGGCGAUGUGUGUUAAGAAAGUUUGUUUGUCUUGUAGUGGUGUUGGUGAAGGCUCUGAAAAUGAAGAUCUGUUUUCGGCCUUUCAAACUUCAAAAUUGGUUUCAUGAAUCAAAUGCCGUUAGAAGUCAAGUAUCAUUUUUGGAGGAUGGAUUGCAGUUGAAGGACUACCGUUCCAUUUGUGGCAAGGUUGAAGACAGCCUGCAGAGCAAAAGGGGGUUACCUAGCAAUAGGAGGAGGCAAGAGGAGGAAGGAGUUCUUGCACCAAUGGUUCAGCAUAAUAAAUGCAAAGAUUUGGUUUUAGUUGAGAAAAUAUCUGAUGAUAUGUUGAGUGCUAUUAAUCAUGCUAAUUACCGAGAGAAAGUUUAG